UAAUUAAUUAAAAUUGCUCAAACCCACCCACAAAAUUUUUUUAUUUUACUCUCAUCAUUCCUGCCAACCAGUUUCCGUCACCGAGUGUCGAGUGAUUUACAUCGUCGAAGUCGAAUCACGUUCGUAGAUUUCAGGCGUCGACACUAAUCGCAGCGUACAGUGUUAGAAUCGUGAAGCUGUGAAGAUGUUGUCGUUCGAGAUGAACGAUCGGAAGAAAAUCGGACUUGGCUUGACGGGUUUUGGAGUAUUCUUUUCAUUUUUGGGCAUCAUUUUCUUCUUUGAUAAGGGACUACUAGCGAUGGGAAAUAUCCUCUUUUUCUCAGGGGUGACACUAACAAUCGGGCUCAAGUCCUCUGCUCAGUUCUUUAUGAAACGAUCUAACUUUAAGGGGACAGUUUCAUUUGCUGUGGGCUUCUUCUUGGUCGUCAUUGGAUGGCCCAUAAUAGGAAUGAUUGUUGAGGCAUAUGGAUUUAUUGUACUCUUCAGUGGAUUCUGGCCAACACUGGCUGUUUUUCUACAGAAGCUGCCUUUUGUUGGUUGGCUGUUCCAGCAACCCUUUGUCAGAUCAUUUUUUGAUCGAUAUCGAGGCAAAAGAGUACCUGUGUGAACUCAGCUUAGAGGACGCAAAAUAUGGGAGCAAAUGGAACAAGCCAAUGUAAGCUUUGUUAACUACCAUCUGAUCAUCAUGUCCAUGGAACUGAUGAUUGGAUAGUGAAGUGAUAUGUGCUUGCAUGAUUUUACCACAGCUGUUUCUUACAACCAACAUUUUUCAUCUCUACAAAUUGAUAUCAAUUGUUCAAACUCAUUGUUUUUAUUACCCUUGAUAUAGACAUAUAGUGGAUCGUCGCAUUGUUGGGCUGAAAAUGAAGUUUCCAGGCUCCGUUUAGUAGAGCAUACCCAGUUGGGAACAUAUCUACAUUUAUUGUUGCAUUUUCUAACUAGGUGACUGUUGAGGUAAGACUAAUCUUGUAUUCCUCUGUAUCAGCUAGUGGUGACUGAAACUGACAAUUGAUGUAUGAAAGAUGAUUUACUGCCAUUGUUUUACUGAGGUUUAACAUCCUUCAAA